AUGCCCCCAACACUGGCCCAAGUGCAGGCCCUGUAUGGCGCGACGCGCACCGCCGCUUUACGCUUCCAGUCGUACAACUUCCACGCGUACUUUAUCCGCCGCACCAACGAGCGGUUCGCGCCGGCCCUCGCUGCGCUGGGCGACACCACGACCAUCCCCGCCGCAACCUUGGAUGCAGCUGCUAGCGGCACCAAGCUAGACGCCGUGGGACUCGACGCGUUUGUCGCAGACGCAAGCGAGCAGCUGCAUACCCUCGAGCGAUCGGGACUCACCAACGCGAUGUACGCCGGUAACCGUAAGCUCGUCGUCGAGGUCCUGGAGCAGCACCGUCAUUUGGGAUAG